CGCGCAAUAUUAGACCGUUACAGAGAGAGCGAGAGAUCUCUACCAUGUUGCACUAAAUUGGGAACUAGUAGAAGUAGCAGUCUCCUAGGCUGUUUGAAUAUCUGAAUACCACCCGGUCGGUGUAGAAGAAGAGAUGGUGGCUAAAUCGCCCACAAAGGAUGAAAAGAAAAUGGCCGUGCUCAAUCCGAAUCUCGUCCGGGAGACCGUGAAGAAGGUUGAUAGAGCGAUGGCCAGAUUGCAAGAACUGCAAUUUGCUGUAACGGGAGGCAAUAAAGUGAUUUCUGGUGUAACACUCAGUCCCAGGAGCACCAGAGGGUACAUAAGAACCAGUAUGAGAUGCAAGCAGGAAUCCCUCAGGAUCCGGAACUCCUCCGCCAGAAGAGGUGCGACUUCGAAGAUAGCUCCAUGUUCUAGCGGUGAAUGGCGGAGAAUGUCGUUGCCGGCAAUGCUGAUUGGUGAGACGGUGGGAGAGAUUCUUCAGGCGAGUAAAUUUGCAAAAGAUGUUGUGGAUGCUGUUUCCGGGGCGCUUUCGCUUAACGGGAGUGGUGCAGACGAUCCCAAAACGCCUAUCUCUGCCGGAGCCAAGGUGGCCACUAACACCAACUUGGACAAGCGAGAGCUUCAAAUGAAAAGGAAGAGGGAGAAGCAGAAAAGCAGCAGCCGAGGUUCCCCUGGUGGUGGUGGUGGUGGUGGGAGAUCGCCAACCACGGCGACGACGAGGAGAAGAAAAGCUCACACUCGAAUAAACUUUGGAGCCACCGGCGCUGGAAACGAAAAAGAGAGAUGUCCACCGACGGCGAAAAGGGAAAACCAUUCUGUUCAACGAGUUUCGCCAAGAGGCAGGCCCUGGGCUGGCAAGGCAGUUCUGUUUCCCAACCCCACGUUUCUCUCCGCCGGCACCUCUUCUCCUCCUUCCUCUUCCCGCAAUCUCAAACCUGCCUGCAAAACAAGGUCUCCUGUGACGGCAGCAAGCAGUAAGGUGGGCGUGUUGCAUGAUGCUCCUGCACUGCAUCCGCCUCACAAGUUCGCAAUCAAAUCACCAUCAACAUUAGCGUCAAAAUUCGCCGUGAAGAUCAAGUCCCCUCCCGUUUCCGUCGUUUCUCUUUCCCCACAGUCAAGAUCGGCACAAAAGAAGAAGAAAUCAUCUCCUCCGCCGACGAAGAACAAAGGUAACAAUAUGCCAAGGAUAUCCAAGGCCACCAAAUUGCGCCUAUCGCUAUCUCCGUCCAAUUUUGCAAAGAGGUUAGCAUCUCCGAUGAAGAUCAUCUCCCCGUCGGUUCGACGGGCGAAAUCCCCAACUUCGCCGACCGCGAGAAUCACGCCUUCGAAGAAGAAAUCCCCGCAGCCUCGUCCUCCUUCUCAGAUGAUGAUGACGAUGAUGUCCAGCUCUGCGAAGUUUCGCAGGUCUUUCUCGCCGUCGAAUCUGGCUAAGAGGUUUGCUUCACCGCUGAAGAACAGGACCACCAACCGUUCUUCCCUUCCAACAGACAAGAAUCCAAACAUGGGGAUUCCCGUUCCAGCGAUUACCAGCCGACCGAGUUGCUGCCUAAAACAGAGACCACCACCUUCGGUAAAGUUAUUGAGCGCGUCGAUGGUUGCUGAUCAUUGAAGGGGUGUCGUUUGGACAUUUACUUGAUGUCUGUACCUGAGAGGGGGCGAAAAGACGGAAGCUUUUACUUAGACGCUGGAGUCGAUUUUCUCUCAACUUGUUUUCCUUUUCUCUUUGGAUAAUCCCGGCCACUGGUAUAAAUUCAUUGUUGUACAUCUAAAGAGCAUUUUUUCCGCUUUGUUACUAAAGCGUUAAAGAGUAAAUAAACCCGUGGAGAAGAGGUGGAACGUGUUCUCUUUA